AUGCCGGAAAUGACGCUAAUAAGCAAACAGUAACGGUGUUCUCGGGAUAGAUGAAUAUAUUUCCAACAAAACCGAACAAUUUAGCAAACGACGCGUUGCCAUAUAUGCGUAGCAAUGCAUUGUACACUUGUCUGUGUUUGAGGAACUACUGCUAAUUCCGCUAAAGGUUUGUUGUUUUACUGAGAACACGGAAUGUUCUGAUCGAUCCCCCUGUCGCGUUUUUCCAAGGGCAGGUGUGAGACUGCUAUGUUUACAGACAUGGACUUUGAAUUAGAGGAGGAUAAAUUAGGGAUACCAACAGUACCUGGGACUGUGUGUCUUAAAAAAGAUAAAAAUAACCUGAUUGGAAUAAGCAUUGGUGGAGGUGCACAAUACUGUCCCUGUCUCUAUAUUGUUCAGGUGUUUGACAACACACCGGCAGCUCUGGAAGGGAUGCUUGCAGCAGGUGAUGAAAUCACUGGUGUCAAUGGCAAGCCAGUAAAGGGAAAGACAAAGGUGGAAGUGGCCAAGAUGAUUCAGGCUGUACAGGGUGAAGCAGUAAUCCAUUACAACAAAUUGCAAGCAGAUCCAAAACAGGGAAAAUCUCUGGAUAUAGUGCUGAAGAAAGUCAAACAUCGGCUUGUGGAGAAUAUGAGCUCUGGCACUGCAGAUGCUCUCGGGCUCAGUCGAGCUAUUUUAUGCAACGAUGGACUUGUAAAAAGACUAGAAGAACUAGAGAAAACGGCAGAGCUUUACAAAGGCCUGAUGGAGCACACCAAGCGACUGCUCAGAGCCUUUUUUGAGCUUUCACAAACCCACAGAGCAUUUGGAGACGUGUUUUCUGUCAUCGGAGUGAGAGAGCCUCAAGCUGCAGCCAGCGAAGCUUUUGUUAAGUUUGCAGAUGCUCACCGCAGCAUUGAGAAGUAUGGCAUUCAGUUACUAAAGACCAUCAAGCCCAUGCUCCACGAUUUGAACACCUACCUUCACAAGGCCAUACCAGACACAAAGCUCACUAUUCGCAAGUAUCUGGAUGUGAAGUUUGAAUAUUUGUCAUACUGCUUAAAGGUGAAGGAAAUGGAUGAUGAAGAAUAUAGCAGCAUUGCUAUGGGAGAACCUCUGUAUCGUGUAUGUACUGGGAACUACGAGUACCGUUUGGUUCUGCGGUGUCGGCAGGAGGCUCGGGCUCGCUUCGCGAAGAUGAGGAAAGACGUACUGGAGAAGAUAGAACUUCUGGAUCAGAAACAUGUCCAGGACAUAGUUUUCCAGCUCCAGCGCUUCGUGUCAGGCAUGUCCCGCUACUACGACGAGUGCUACGCCGUGCUCAAGGAGGCUGACGUGUUUCCCAUCGAGGUGGACCUCUCCCGCACAACCAUCAACUACAGCAGCCAGUCGUUUGCUUUCACUGACGAGGAGGAGGCGGAGGAUUGUGGGGGAGCAGCGAAGGAAGGAGGAACCUGCGAAGGCAUCCAGGCAGAGAACGGAAGCGAGAAGCUGAUCGAUGAUGUAUGAAUGGUCACUGUGUGUUUUUAUGGUGGACAUGAAGAAGUCAGUCCAUCUGACUCAGCCGCUCCAUGAUAUCAUGUGCUUUUAACAUACUGACUUUCAGAAGGGAGAUCAGCACCUGAGAUGGGUGAAGACUACUGAAACAUACUGCUCUAGUCCUUUAUGUUCUCUUUUAAUGUUCUUUGUGGUAUAUAUUUCUUUUAAUUAAUUUUCUUCCACCCAUCAUUUUUUUUCUGAAAGAGUUUGGCAACAGAAUAUGAAUUUUAUGAAAGUGUUUUGCUGCUGCAGAGUAGGACUCAUCGAAUUUGAGUUGUGCCUUCUAAUUUAAUCUUGUGUCAAUGUGGUGGGUCUGAACUGCGCUGUGUACUCCGUAUCAGUGAUGUUUACUAGUGAUUGUGUUGUUGUUUUAUUUUAUUAUUAUUUUUUUUUAUUUACUACAAAGUUGGACCAAAAGGUGGUGCCAUAGCUGUUAUACCUCUCAUUUUUAAUUGUUAUAAAUGUUUUCUUGGCACAUUUUAAGCUGCAUGGCAAAGGUUCUCAUGUAAAGCUUUGCCACCAAAGUCUUUAAUGCAGAUCAUUCUGUCUGUUACCAUACACUACUUGUAAUACUAUCUUACUAUUUAUAGGAUUGGAAAAGAUAUUGAAUCCUCACGUGAUAAAAAUGCAAAUCCAACUUGUAAAUAUGAACGUGAAAGGGAAAUAUUGCUGCAUUAUUUUAACUUUUACCACUUUGUGUGUUCUUUGUCCUCUUGCCAAAAAUGCUUAUUCUAUGAAAAUAUAUUUGUUGAUUAGGUCAUAGGUAUGCUGGGAACCAGGAAAAGGUUGUGCAUUAGUGUUUUGAGUUCAUUGUUUGUUUUCAUCAGCUAUUGUGGUUUGACGGAAAGUUAAUUUUUUCAGUGUGUAAUUAUCAGAAUAAAUGGGUUUAAAGGGA